GCCUGUGGUCUCUUUGUCCUGAGCCCCUGAUUACAGAGCUAGCUGGACCCACAGAGGUGAAGAGUCUGGAAGGGCAAAGAAGAGAGACAAAAUCAGCCUCUCUCUGUUCCCCCCACAGCUCAGCCAGGCCUCUAACAGUUUUCUGUCCUUUCUCCUGGAAAACAAGAACAAAACUUUUCCCAAUGAAGAGAACUCACCUGUUUCUUGUGGGGGUCUACUUGUUGUCCUCCUGUAGGGCAGAAGAGGGACUGAACUUCCCCAUAUACGAUGGGAAGGACCGAGUAGUAAGUCUCACUGAGAAGAACUUCAAGCAUGUUUUGAAGAAAUAUGACUUGCUCUGCCUCUACUACCAUGAGCCUGUGUCUUCAGAUAAGAUGGCGCAAAAACAGUUCCAACUGAAAGAAAUUGUCCUUGAGCUUGUGGCCCAGGUCCUAGAGCAUAAAGAUAUAGGCUUUGUGACGGUGGAUGCCAAGAAAGAAGCCAAGCUUGCCAAGAAACUAGGUUUUGAUGAAGAAGGAAGCCUGUAUAUUCUUAAGGGUGAUCGCACAAUUGAGUUUGAUGGCGAGUUUGCAGCCGAUGUCUUGGUGGAAUUUCUCUUGGACCUAAUUGAAGACCCAGUGGAGAUCAUCAAUAGCAAACUGGAAGUCCAAGCUUUUGAACGCAUUGAGGACCAGAUCAAACUCAUUGGCUAUUUCAAGAGUGAAGACUCAGAAUAUUACAAGGCUUUUGAAGAGGCAGCUGAACACUUCCAGCCUUACAUUAAAUUUUUUGCCACCUUCGACAAAGGAGUUGCAAAGAAACUAUCUUUGAAGAUGAAUGAGGUUGAUUUCUACGAGCCAUUCAUGGAUGAGCCCGUAGCCAUCCCUGACAAACCUUAUACAGAAGAGGAACUCGUGGAAUUUGUGAAGGAACAUCAAAGACCUACACUACGGCGCCUGCGCCCAGAAGAUAUGUUUGAAACUUGGGAAGAUGAUUUGAAUGGGAUCCACAUUGUGGCCUUUGCAGAGAAGAGUGAUCCAGAUGGCUACGAGUUCCUGGAGAUCCUGAAACAGGUUGCCCGGGACAAUACCGACAACCCUGAUCUGAGCAUCGUGUGGAUCGACCCGGAUGACUUUCCUCUGCUUGUUGCCUACUGGGAAAAGACUUUCAAGAUUGACCUGUUCAGGCCACAGAUUGGGGUGGUGAAUGUGACAGAUGCUGACAGUGUCUGGAUGGAUAUUCCAGAUGAUGAUGACCUGCCCACAGCUGAGGAGCUGGAAGACUGGAUUGAGGAUGUGCUUUCUGGAAAGAUAAACACGGAAGAUGAUGACAAUGAAGAUGAAGAUGAUGAUGACGAUGAUGAUGACGAUGAUGAUAAUGACAAUUCUGAUGAAGAUGAUGAUGACAGUGAUGAUGAUGAAUAGCCCCAACUCCAAAUGAUUCUGAUAAAGACACAAUCACAUCUACCCACUAUCAUGCAGAUAGCAAAGGGUGGCAGCAGGCAGCCAUGCCCCACGCUCAGCCAGCUCCUUUCUUUCCCCCAACAUCUGCUUUCCCACUCCCUUGUCAUCAGGAGCAAUACAAUUCAACAAACAAUGCCUUGCUAAAUCCAGCAAUCCCACCCGGCAUGGGCCAGAAGGAAAUUUCUCCUAUGUUGA